AUGCCAAACUCGCAGGCUCCAAGUUCACUGGCUACUUUAUUAUGGGAUCAUCAGAACUUUAUCCCCCUACAGAAGAAUCUUGGGGAAGAAGAUCUAGUUUUGCUUUUAACUCCUGCUGUUAUUCCCCUAGAUCAAAGUCUCGCCAGUGCAACUGAUCCUUUUCAACCUCUUGGCCAAGCACUUUCACAGACGCAUCCCUGGAUCCGGCAUGUUCCUUAUACCAAAAAGUAUGGUAUUACUGGCACGCAUGUGGCGUUUGUCAAGAAAGUACGAACCGUUGUCUUCGUGCUGAGUGGAAUCUCAUCCGAUGAGGGUUCUUUCCAACUAGAACUCGCCGACAUAGUUCGAGAGGUUUGCGAGGAGCGCCCUUUCGCUUUAGUGGCAUGCUGCGAAGUUCCAAAAAGCAGAGUCGAAGAAUACGAGUUCCAAACUAUAGUGCAGUGUUCAGGAUAUCUAGUAUCCGACUUGCAAGCCGUUGCCGCUCUGUUAACAACUAAACAAACAACUACCGCCGCUGAGCCAACUACCGACGACUCUCCUCCGCCACAAACUUGGCCACUUGUCAAAUGGGACUAUGAUGAAGAUCUCCCAGAAACACACGCCUUAUGGGAGGCAUCUUUCCCUGCCAAAUUCCAUCUGCAUCGGUCAACUUUCGGUUCCCUCUUGAAACGCGAUGGCUAUGCGAUGCACUAUAUCAUUCGAGAACCUCAGAAUGGGAGGGCUGUUGCAUUUUGCGCUACUUUUACGACAUUUACAGAUAGCAGUGCUGAUCGUUUGAUUGGAUCUAUCGCAGCCAUCAUCGUUCACAAAGAUUACCGAGGCCGAGGAAUCGGCCGCCGGCUUCACAAUGAAGUUAUGAGCAAACUAAACAAAAUCCGAGGAGUGGGCAUUAUUCAACUUGGCAGCACAUUCCCCAGACUACUGUACGGCUUACCAGCUUCCGUGACCAACACGGAAUGGUUUGAGAAACGGGAAUGGAAGUUGCACGAGUCUAUGCCUGGUCAUGGCCGGCUUGUCAUAGAUUGGCUCUUGAGAUUUGCCGAUUCUCCUGUUCCCAAUUUAGCUUCAGCCGGUUUGACCUUCAGGCCCUGCCAACUCUCUGAUUAUCAGCAGAUUAUAGAUAUUGCGACCAAAGAGUCACAGAGAAGAUAUGGGUUCGGAUGGUACGACCAAUACGCCAAAACUAUGGACAGCUCUUAUACGAAUAGCAUAAUUGUUGGUCUCGAGGGAGACAACCUGGUGGCAGCGGCAAUAACAUACCUUCCUAACGACGGAAGCCCCUGUGGUACAGACAUCCCCUGGCCGGCUGCAAUAGAACAAAACAUUGGAGGCGUUUCGUGUAUCUGCAUCAAAGGCAAGUUGCUCGACAAUCGUUGA